AUGCAAGCGAUAAACUCAAUAAUGCUGCUGGUGUUCUUUGCUUGCCCCAUUCAUCGAAGCGAAUCAAGCACCCCAAGUAACCCAACGAAACAAUUUUUCGACGAUAUUCAAACAAGGCCAGUGCUGACAUAUCAGUGCUACCAAAGUGGCAACAGCAUUGAUGCACCAGGCUCCGUCAACUACACGAUUCUCUGGUACGGGAUCGAUAAAAAUGCUGAUGCCUUCUUUGGCCAAACGUGGUCCGCGAUAAACGGAACGCCUGACUCCUACACUCGGGGCCAACUUACAGGAAAUUACGACGAAUCAAGCGGCGUAGGAAAACUUGAGACGGACACUGUUCAGGAAGACAUGACUGUUCUGGAGCCGUUCAAAGGCAAGGCUCUCUAUUUAAAUAUUGUCCAAACCAGCCCAGGCGACACCGAGGUCACCAAGAUAUAUGACGUGAACUUCAAAUGCAAAAACGCCAAGAAACUGUUAAGCACAGUUUGUCCAGAACCCUGCAACCUAGAACUGACUCGAGAGCUGUCCAACGAAUGA